UUCUCUCAAAGACUGCAACCUCUCUCUCUCUCUCUCUCUCUCUCUCUCUCUCUCUCUCUCUCAUGCCAAGAUUCCAGAAUAGCAAAUAGCAAGAGUACAUCCAAUCUUCUCUGCAUGUUCCUUGGUCACGCUGGCUUGUGAUAAUGUCCAUGCCUUUUGCAUGAUAUCAACGUACUAAUGUACAGGACCUUGCUGAUUUGAUCAUAUCAUCAUCAUCAUCAUCAUGUGGACCAGAUUGGUAGCUAACAAGAUCCUGAGGAAGGGAUUGGGAAGCAACAACUUCGUCGCUGAUUACCCCAUCAACAUCGAAGACUCUCUCGUCGGCUUCCCCAUAUUGGAAGAUCCCUCCUUAAGCGGCAAGAGCAAUUUGAACCACCACAGGGACACCCUAAAGUACAAAGUUUUUGUUAGUACUUGGAAUGUUGGAGGGGUUGCACCGGAUGAAGAUUUGGCGAUGGAGGACUUCUUAGAUACGUGCAACAACUCCUACGAUAUCUAUGUUCUAGGGUUUCAAGAGAUUGUGCCAUUGAAGGCGUCCAAUGUUCUGGGGUCUGAGAACGCAAAUCUCUGCAUGAAAUGGAAUUCGCUCAUCAGAGAGACCUUGAGUGGAAACCGUGAUUGCCGCCAUGGAUCUGACUAUGAGAAGAAGAGGAUGCAUGGGCGAGAGUAUCACUGUAUUGUCAGCAAGCAAAUGGUGGGGAUAUUUAUCUCGGUGUGGAUUCGCAGUGAACUUCGUCCCUACGUCAGCUAUCCGAGCGUUUCAUGCGUUGGCUGUGGCGUUAUGUUCUGCCUAGGCAACAAGGGGUCAGUUUCGGUGAGGUUUCUAUUACACGAGACGAGCUUCUGCUUUGUGUGCACUCAUCUCGCCUCUGGAGGCAAAGAAGGAGAUGAAAAGUGGAGGACGUCCAACAUGGCAGAGAUAUUAUCUCGGACCGCCUUUCCUAGGGGCCCAUUGCUUAAUUUACCUAGAAAAGUUCUGGACCACGAUCGGGUCAUUGUGCUCGGAGACUUGAAUUACCGGAUUUCGUUACCGGAAGCAACCACUCGAGAGCUGGUAAAUAGAAAAGGAUGGGAUGCAUUGCUAGACAAAGACCAGCUGAGGAUGGAGCUGAUGAACGGGCAUGUAUUACAAGGUUGGCACGAAGGGACGAUCCAAUUCGCCCCCACAUACAAAUAUAUUCCGAACUCCGACUUGUAUUACGGAUGCUUUCAAGCAAAAAAGGGAGAAAAAAGGCGUUCUCCUGCGUGGUGUGACAGGAUAAUUUGGUGUGGAAAAGGAUUGAAGCAAAAUUUGUACACACGAGGCGAAUCAUGGCUGUCUGAUCAUAGGCCGGUAAAAGCGAUAUUCACUGCAGAGGUCGGGGUUUCGCGAACAUUGAGAGGGCUUCGGAGCUUAUUUCUAUCUGAACGGUUCGAUCCAGUCGCAAGCCGAUUUGUGGUCUCAUCCAAGGACGAUGGAUUGCUAUGUAAAGGCCGGUCCAGCUUCCAAAUUUGAGGUCAUCAUCGCUGCAAAUUAUAGCAAUACACUGAAUGAAGUAUGGUGAUUACGGCGGCGUUUCUAUUUUACCUUAAAAGGAAAAUCUGAAAGCUAUAGCCCCAUGAGAAACUUCUUUAAUUUGCCUGUGUCAUAUUUUGGUGAGGAGUGUACAGUGAAACCUAUAUGUCUUUAUUAUGCAUGUGUUGUUGCGUAAUGAAAGAUGUCCAAGUCAUCCAUCGCUUUCAUCCGAUUUGAAAACUAGGGAUUUGAUUGUGGUCAGAAAUAAUGGACAAAAAGGAUGCUUCCCA